UCGGGCAAAUCAUCUCAUGCCCAAGUAAAGUGGGGCAAAUUGUCCAAUCUCCCGCGAUUCUCCUCUCCUCUCCUCUCCUCUCUCUCGAUUCUCCUCGCGCCGCCAUGCCGUUCUUCCUCUGCCUCCGUGCGUGCUCCGAGCCCCUCCUCUUCCUCGUGCCGCCAGCCUCCUCAUCUCUCCUCAUUGGCCGUCGCUCCUAAGUCGUGGAGAUCCUCGCCGUGGUUGUAGGGUCCAAGCAAAGACGAAGAGGAGACCCCAAGAUCCAGCCGCGCCUUCUUCUCACCCUCGAUCUGCUCCUCUUGGGCUCUUCGUUCGGAUGGAUGAAGCUCUCGUCGAUGGGCACGGCGACGGCGACGUUUAGAGGCGACGCUCAACUAUGCGUGGGAGAUGGCGUGGAAGAGCAGCUCGCGGAUGACGACUAUGAUGUUGCCUGGAUGUUUGACGAUGACGAGUCUCUCAAGCUCGUCGCCGGCCGUCGAAUCGUCUUCAAGCUAGCUUCACGCGCUGGUGAGUCCAAUCCAGCCCAGCCCCUCCCCCGUGAGAGUGCAGCUCUAUCGAGCCCGAGGUGACCCCAUGGCAAGGCAGGAGACACCGCACCUUGCCACUUUCUCAGUCCCAUGCCGAACAAGAGAAGGUGAGGACGACGAGCUAAGGUCAGCCACCUUUCAAUUCGCCCUGCGUGUUCGUGGUGGCCUGAUGAUGCCGGAUGUUGUGGCUGGGCUGGAGUACGCCCUCGAGACCAUUUGCUAGGGCGACACCAUGUUUCCCCAUCGCCAUCAUCCUCGCUGCAGGUGCGCUUCAUUGCAGGACCCCCUCCCUCCUCUCCCCCAGCUCACCUACGAUCUUCUUAUUUUGUGGUUCAAUAGAAUGGAACACUUGGAUCCAUGCCCGCCCGCCACCCACCAGCUGUAAUGCAGGGAGGUUAAGCCAUGAGCGUAGAGUUGCCAUUGCUAAAAAUGGUGGUGCUACUGAGCUGUAGUCGACACAGCGGAAGUGCCGUGUGCCAUGUCCAUUGGCUGAGCGGCUAGGUGGAGUUGCCGCUAUUGAAAAUGGUGGUGGUACCAUGAGGAAGCAGUGAACUUGCACUGCCUUAAAUGCACCAACGAUGGUGUUAUUCAAAGAUUUCUUAAGCUAGAAUAUCGAUAUUUAGUUUGGAUGAAAUAGUUAGGUCUAUCGCAAAAGGCAUGACUAUCUUGCCUAAAUAAAUGCUUUAUGCCCGUACCAUAUACUUUCUCCAGUCGAAAACUUCCCUUUAUUUUGUAGGAAACAAGAGAAAAAGCUAGUUCUGAUCUCAUGGUGUGCAUGUAGUAUUGUGGAACUCCCAUGCUCUAAAAAGGGCAACCAAAUUGUGCAGAUUAAUCUCUUGCUUGGAUGUUUCUGACGAACUAUGACCGCUUUAUAAUUUUGUUCCUGGUAUGGAUUGUUCAUUGCCAUUUUAUUAUUUUUCCUGAUAAUAUAUGGAUGUUCAUUGCAUAAUCCAUUUGCUUUUCAUCCGUGUUUUACUAUUUUUUUAUGGUCAUGUUCUAUUGUGUAUCUUUGUAAAGAAUCAGCAAAUUAUUUAUCUGCUUGUUGCUACACAAGGAUUAUGGUUUUGCUUCACAUGAAGGAGAAGAGAAAAAAAACGAAAGGUAUAAAUGAUCUGCCCAGUAGCCAUCAAGAUUUUAGCUAUCUUUUUUUUCUCAAACGGUCAUAUGAUAGUAUUUUUAGUGCUCUUUGUCAUUUAGUUUAAAUCUAUGCAGUAUUGCAGUUACAAAUACAUCUUUAGUUUAGGGGAAUCUUACCAGAUAAGAUAGUCUAAUCCUGGAGUGUCAGUAAAUUUACAUUUUCAGAUAGGACCAGUAAAAUGGAUAGCAUGGUUUAAGCUUGGCUCAUGUAUUGGUUGUGCUUUUCUUCUUCUCAUUUUUCGUGAAUGUUACUCACUGAUUUACAGGGAUGGAAGAUUUGUUGCUUGAUGUACGUAGCUAGCAAACAAUUGGAUCAGGUUUCAGGAAGUGUUCAUGUACGUUUCUUUGUCGUAUAUUCACUGGAACAUUGUUAUCAAACUGUGUCAUGGAGGUUCAUUAGUACACAUGUCCCAGUCAUUAAUUAUUCAGUAAAUGAGUGCUUAUGUCCUCAACUAUCGGGAGGAAUAGUUGUUGGAUAUCAAAACUUACAUUUUAACAAGCACUUCUUGCGUUAUUUGUUUGUUCUUGAUUUUUAUUUAAUCCAAAAGCCCUUGAUUUGAAGACAACUGCCACUGCACACUUAGGGAUGGCAGUAGCAAAACAUGUUUGAAGCAGGGGCAGGAAGAAGAAUUCAACAACUGAAUGAGCAUGAUCUUCUCUUAUUAGGAGGACAAGCCCUCAUCUGGUAAGCUGCUGCUUCCUACGACUUCCUCUUAGUUGUAGAUUAGUAUAAUUCAUAUGUUAAUUGAGACGAGUUCAACAACUACAUGAGCAUGUGCUCCUUUCAGUAGGAGGUCAAUUCCUCAUUUGGUAAGCUCAUGCUUCAUGUAGCCUACAGCUGGCUGUUAGCUAACAAGUGACUCGUCGUCUGAGGAAGAAGAGCAACCAGAGCAAUCGACAAUGUGCGAGUAUGUCUGCUUCAUGCUUUACAGGGAGCCGGAUGGCUGUCCUAAAUAGAGGGUCGAUGUUGUGAACAUAUUCGCAGGAGGCGCCAUGGCGCAGGCCUUUGCACGAGGUGAAGUUGGGAACAUCUUCAUAUCCUGAUCAUCUGAAAAUCUUUUCUGCUUGCUAUAGUACUCUGUUUCAUGAUGCACUAUUAAAUUUAUUCUAACUUUUAUAAAUAUUAGGUGGCUGGUUAAUUUAUCCACCCAUUAGGUUUCUCACUUUUUCUUCUCAAUUUUAUAAAUGUCCGGUGCUUGAAGAAUCACAUUAUUUUCACUAUAUUAGUAUAUGAGGAUUGAGUUUGUUUCUUAUUUAUUUUGAAAGUGAGUAUCAGUUUUGAUUAGUCAUUAUAUUUGACCCUUUGAUAGUGAGUUGAUAGAAAAAUUUCUCAUUUCAAAAUCCCUCGCUUCAUCCCCUCCUCUUCGAAGAUCUAUUCGUUUUGUGAAUUUUUUGUUUCAGGUUCUGAAGAGGAGGUUUCUGCACCCUGGUUCAUGUCUUUAGUGGGAAAAUUAAUGUGAUGCCUGGCUGAUUGGUGGUGAAUCAGAUCUAGCACAGAAUCACAUGUUACAUCAUUACCAUUAUGAGUAUGGUUUAAGUAUCUUUGGUUGAAUUCGUGGAUUGUCUCUUCUGCAGUUUGUGGAUUGUUAUCCUUCAUUAAGGUGUUUUGAUUGACUAAAUAGAAGCGGAUCAAGAACCUUUGUCCUUGGUCCUCUAAUGCCACCCUUUGUAUGAUAUUUUUGUCAUCUAGAUUUGAUUAUGUUCAUAUUGAUAGUAAUUCCUCUUGUGUUUUUCUUAGUAAUUGCACGGAGAUCCCUUUUGUGAUCGCUUAGUAAUUGCUCGUGUGUUUUUUCUUCUCAGUACUUCUCGUUGUCCUUCACCGGAAUACCAGUUAAAAACAUGCCUAUCAAAUCUCCAGUUAGAAAUAUCAGGCCCGUGUGAUAAAAGGAGCCGUUAACAACCAACUGGAUGAAUAACUGCUCGUGCUACAUACGCGUGUGUUGAACGAUUUUCCUAGCCGUUUUGUUGGAGGGUGCUAACACACAUGCUAAUCAAAGCAUUAAUCAAGGUCAUGUACGUAUUAUACCUACCGCAAACGCGCACAGUACCGCCAAAAGUGCUGGGUACCUACCUGGCACCGCAAAAGAAGGCCUCAGGAGGCGCGCCAAUGGCGCGCCCCAACCCCUAGUAUAGAGAUAAUAAGAGUCUAAAAUUAGUGCAGCGAGACAGCAAAGGUGAAAAAUGAAACGGCCUCGCCAUCAGAAGUUGAAAACGAGAUCCCGACGGAAAGAAUGGUCAGAUCUCGUGGCCACGCCACGCAACAUGCAGAGCCACCGCCCCGCCCCCGAAGACCACGUCCGAGAAGAAAGCAGAAGCGCACGAGCCCAACCAACCACCAGGGCGCGCGCGGCGGCGACGAGGACAACCGCCUCGCCUGCGAGACGCUCGGCAUUCAUGUCCGUCCCCUCCGACUCCGGCCAGGAGACACCGCCCUCGGCGACCGAGGGCGGUCGGGCGCGCCUCCAGGACGACCAGCUGGGGCAGCUCCGGGAGCUCUUCCUCCGCUUCGACCUCGACGGCGACGGCAGUCUCACCAAGCUCGAGAUAGCCGCGCUGCUCCGCUCGCUCGGUCUCCGCCCCGCCGAGGGGGACGAGAUCCACACACUCAUCGCCUCCAUGGACGCCGACGGCAACGGCACCGUGGAGUUCGACGAGCUAACCUCUUCCCUCUCGCAGCUGCUCCUCGGGCCCGGCCGCUCCUCCGUCGCCGUUGACCACGAGCAGCUAGCCGAGGCCUUCCGCGCCUUCGACCGUGACGGCAACGGAUACAUCUCCGCCGCCGAGCUCGCGCGCUCCAUGGCGCAAAUGGGGCACCCCAUCUGCUACGCGGAGCUCAACGACAUGAUGCGCGAGGCCGACACUGACGGCGACGGCUCCAUCAGCUUUGAGGAGUUCACCGCCAUCAUGGCCAAGUCCGCCGUCGAAUUUCUCGGCCUCGCCGCGUUGUGAGCGAGGAUGAAGGGAUUCCUCCGCUCCCUCCGGUUAGAGCCUCGUGGGCUUGUCCUCUGUUUGUAAAUUAGUCCAUUCGCCUUUCUUUUUAUCAUUUCUGCAAAUAUAAGACUCCCUGGAUAAAGAAAUAUAAAAACGUUUAGAUCACUACUUUAGUUAUCUAAAUGCUCGUAUAUUUGUUUACAGAGGGAGUACAUACAAAUUUGAACCGUGUUAUAUUGAAUGUGUCAAUGUAAAUAGAUCUAAUGUUGAUAUAGUGAAUGUUUGAUUUGGAAUUCA